AUGGCUGCAAAAUUAGUCGAGCGGAAUUUCCACAAUGUUCCGGGAAAGCUCCGCGUGGCAGAGCUGUUCUUCGACGUCCCGCUCGACUACAGCAAGCCAAAUGAGGGCACCUUGAGACUUUUUGCACGCAGUGCCCGUCGGUUGAACAAGCCCGCUGAACCCGAAAGGAAUGGCGACAAGCAAUUGCCUUGGAUGGUCUAUCUUCAAGGUGGUCCGGGAAUGGGAUGUCGUGCCCCGCAGGACUACGCCUGGAUUGGGCCCGUUGUCGAGAAAGACUACCAGGUUCUGCUCUUGGAUCAGCGCGGCACUGGACUCAGCUCAACGGUCACCGCGGACACGCUGGCUCGACAGGGAAACGCAAUCAGACAGGCUGAAUACCUGAAGAAAUUUCGAGCAGACAACAUUGUUCGUGACUGUGAGGCCAUACGCCGGUGUCUGACGGCGGACUAUCCCGAGGACAAGCGCAAAUGGAGCGUUAUCGGCCAGAGCUUUGGCGGGUUUUGUGCGGUGACUUAUCUUUCCAUGUUCCCGGAAGGGUUGACUGAGACUUUCCUUUGCGGCGGAGUCCCUCCGAAUGUUUACGAACCGGAAUCAGUUUACGCUCGCACUUACGAAAAGGUUACAGAGAGGAACAAGGCCUACUAUGCUAAAUACCCCGAAGAUGCCACCCGGGUUAAGCAGAUCGUCCAAUACCUGCAAGAGAACCAAGUCUUCGUGCCUUCUGGGACACUCACGCCUGCGCGAAUUCAGCAGCUUGGUAUCAUGUUUGGAAUGCAUGGUGGCUUGGAUAGUAUUCACGAUCUGAUUCUGCGCGCUUCGAACGAUCUGAACAUAUUUGGCUUUUUGACCCGUCCAACUCUAAAUGCAAUUGAUGGAUAUGGUGGCUAUGAUAGCAAUGUCAUCUAUGCUGUCCUUCAUGAGUCCAUCUAUUGCCAGGGACAAGCCUCAAACUGGACAGCAGACAGACAACGGACUGAAGAUCCGUAUUUCCACAUUGACCUGAACAAAGACCAAAUCUACUUCACCGGCGAGAUGAUCUACAAAGACAUGUUCGAAUCAUACACCGAACUCAAACAGCUAAGAGAAGUCGCCGACAUCCUUGCCUCCACACAAGACUGGCCUGCGCUGUACGACUACAACAAACUGGCGAACAAUGAAGUCCCCGUCUACGCGGCCAGCUACGUAGAUGAUAUGUAUGUGCAUAUUGAGCACUCGGAUGCAAUGGUUGAGAAAAUCAAGAAUUGCAAGAGGUUCAUCACGAAUACUAUGUAUCACGAUGCUCUGCGGAGUAAGUCGGAUGAGCUUAUACGCCAGCUUUUUGCUUUGCGCGACGAUUCGCUUGAUUAA